AUGAUUCUCUGGAGUAGGUGCUCCCGUUUACUGUUCCGUCAGGAUAUUAUGAACAACAAAUUGAUUCCUAAGAAUUGCAACCAGUUUCAGGGAAUGAAUAUCCGAAUGGCUGUGACAAAUGUUUCCAAAACAGGACCCCGGACAAAACCACUUGUUACUAAGAAAAUGAAGACUCCAUCAGGGUACUUCUUGCUUGUGAUUCCAAUCGCAACGUUUGGCCUUGGUACGUGGCAAGUCCAACGUCGAGAAUGGAAACUGGGAUUGAUCAAAGAACUGGAAAGUCGCACCACAGCAGAUGUUGUCCCUCUUCCUGAAAACUUGGAAGAGUUGACAGAUUUUGAAUAUCGCCGAGUGAAAGUGAAAGGGACAUUUAAUCAUGAUCAAGAGAUGUUGAUUGGACCAAGGUCAAAUAUUGUUGCUGAUGAAUCUCAUAGCCUUCUAACAAUGGAUGCCGUACAUAAGAUUGGCUUCAAUAUUGUCACUCCUUUUAAACUUUCUGAUCGAGAUUUGACAGUUUUGAUAAACCGUGGUUGGGUGAGCACAAAACAAAAGAAAGCAGAGACCAGACCUAAAGGACAGGUAACAGGAGAAGUAGAGAUUGUUGGAGUUGUACGGCUCACUGAUCCAAGACGUCCAUUUAGCCCCAAGAACAAUCCAGAAACUCAUGGUUAUUGGUUACAGCGAGAUGUCCAGGUAAUGGCAGAAGCAGCUGGAUGUGCUCCAAUUUUUCUUGAUGCUGACCUCAAGAGUAGCAUUUCUGGUGGUCCUAUAGGGGGACAGACACGCGUUACACUUCGAAAUGAUCACCUCACUUACAUCUUCACCUGGUACACAUUGUGUGCCUUCACAAGUUGGAUGUGGUACAGAAUGUUUCACCGCCCUCCUCCCCCAGAACCCACAGCCAUGAUCAUGCAAAGAAUGAAGCGAAAAUAA